AUGUCCGUGGUGCCGCCCAAUCGCUCGCAGACCGGCUGGCCCCGGGGAGUCACCCAGUUCGGCAACAAGUACAUCCAGCAGACCAAGCCCCUCACCCUGGAGCGCACCAUCAACCUGUACCCUCUUACCAAUUACACUUUUGGUACAAAAGAGCCCCUCUAUGAGAAGGACAGCUCUGUUGCAGCCAGAUUUCAGCGCAUGAGGGAAGAAUUUGAUAAAAUUGGCAUGAGGAGGACUGUAGAAGGGGUUUUGAUUGUCCAUGAGCACCGGCUACCCCAUGUGUUACUGCUACAGCUGGGAACAACGUUCUUCAAAUUACCUGGUGGUGAGCUUAAUCCAGGAGAAGAUGAAGUUGAAGGACUAAAACGCUUAAUGACAGAGAUAUUGGGUCGUCAAGAUGGAGUCCUGCAGGACUGGGUCAUCGAUGACUGCAUUGGCAACUGGUGGAGACCAAAUUUUGAACCUCCUCAGUACCCAUAUAUUCCUGCACAUAUUACAAAACCUAAGGAACAUAAGAAGUUGUUUCUGGUUCAGCUUCAAGAGAAAGCCUUGUUUGCAGUCCCUAAAAAUUACAAGCUGGUAGCUGCACCACUAUUUGAACUGUAUGACAAUGCACCUGGAUAUGGACCCAUCAUUUCUAGUCUUCCCCAGCUUUUGAGCAGGUUCAAUUUUAUAUACAACUGA